CCUGACGACCACGCCGAGCCCCCCAUGACCAUAGCGCGGCAAGUAUACGCGCCGUAGAGGUGAAAGUCGCACAACGCCUUCCCUAUGACCUCUACACCACCCGGCAAGAAUCUUCACACCCCAACUCGCCAACACCUCACUCGGUUACAGAGCAUAUCAAAGAUGGUCAACUCGAAGCGCGGACAGGGCAACGCCUCGGAUUCACGUCCUUUCAAGCGCGCGCUUGUGCCGCUCACUCAGGGCGUCGAGGGCUCGAUGUACAAGAAGAAGCUAAAGGCGCGCCUCGGAAAGGACUCUGUCCCACUCGCUGCUGCCCACGCACGUUGCUUGCAACUGGCCAAAGACAACACCGGCUGUGACUGGCCCCUUUCCAAGGGCGCUUUCAAGGACUUUGUGCGCGAGGCCUACAAUGGUUACAAGGAUUUCAGUGGCCUGGAAGAGGCCGUGCUUGCUCUCGAGGUCGGCGUGGUCGACAUGCGCGUCCUCGCCUUGAAGAUCUGUGACAAGCAUCACCGAGCGACCAGGACCGGCGUUAACAAGGCCGCCAAGAAGCAGGACACUACUCCGAAGAACCUCUCUGCUUUGCGUGCCAAGAUCGAGGCCAGCGUCAAGGCCGAUUAUGACCAGCGUGACGCCGACGAGUGCGUUGCGCGCCUCAACGCCAAGCAUGACGCUCUUGUCGAGCGUUUCCUUGCCGCCAUGGGGUUCGCCGACAUGGACAUUGCCGACAUGGACAUCGCUGUGCCAUCCGUCACAGCCGCCCCACCUCCUUGCACCCCACACCCGGCUGCAGCGCCCGCCACCGUCGCAAGCGCCCCCGCCAUCGCUAGCCUGUUAAUUGCUGCUGAUGGCUCGGGCUACCACCGGAGCCAGGCUACGUCAUCGGCUGCUGCCCAUGCGCCGUACUCGCCCUCGCACGGCUCGCCCUCGGGCUAUCAAUCAUAUGCCGAUGGAAGCGGGCGCAGGUCACGGGCGGGAUACUCGCCAUACGGUGAGCAUGGCGGGUAUCCAUCGCGGUCAGCCUCGCGGCUGGCGCAGUAUGAGAGCCCGAGUCGUGGUGCUGAUGAGUAUCGGGCGGCCGAGGCCGAGGCCGAGGCCGGUCCGUGCACGCGCCGCGGCAGUAGUGGCAACACACCGCGGCGUGGCCAGACGGCGCACAUUCUUCCUGGGCGCGAGGUGGUGGGCGAGCCGCCGGCGCGAUUUGCAGUCGGCGCCCACAAUCGAUCACGGGUGUCGCGGGCUCUGCAAGCCUCCUCGGAGCCGUCGCCCGAGGUCCAGGCGCUCGAUGCCCAGGUCAUGGCACGAUCGCUGCGGCGCGAGGCCACCAAGCUCGAAUCUGCCGUGGAGACGCUCCGCCAUCAUCUGACCAACACCGAUGACGCCGAGGAUCGGCGGCGGAUCCAGGCCCGGCUGGCGUCGCUGCAGGCGCGGGCGGCCGAGAUCAAGUCGCAGCAGUCGCGGGUGGAGCACUCGACGCCACCGCGCGUUCUCAUUGGUGUGCCUGGCCGCUCGCCGUCGCGACUCUCGCAUGCCCCGCGCUCGGUCGUCCCGCGCGAGGAGCAGACGCGAUAUGCCCGCGAACUGCAGGCCCAGGUCGAGGAGCGGUCGCGCUGGCGGCGGCUCAACGAGCCGGCCGGCGAUCUCGCAGCUGAGGCCAACGCCCGCAAGCAGCGCGAGAGCUAUGCUGCCCGCUGUAACGCCGCCGUUGCAGCCGAGUCCAAGCGAUUCACAAAGCCGGUCGGCGUUACCCUGGAGUCGCAGCCGCGCAAGUCGAUCGACAUAGAGGCGCGCCGCCAGUACAAGUUGAUCCUCGACGAGCAGCGCAAGGAGCGCACCCGCCUCAAGGCCGCUCCACCGCGCGAGUUCCGCCUGCCCGCCAAAAAGGCCGAGUACAUGGAGCCCCACAACUUGUACUCUUUCAAGCCACCACCGCCUGAUCCCGACAUGCCCUCUGUGCCCAAGCCGCCGCUCGUCACUCUCGCCACCAUGGCCCGCCGCGAAGAUCGCCGCCCGCCGUGGAUGAAAUCAGAGCGCCCGUAG